AUGGAAUAUGAGGAUAAUGUCUACAGACAAGUUCAGAGGCCAAAAUAUGACUGUCUUCUAUUUGAUCUUGAUGAUACACUUUACCCCCUAAGUUCUGGCCUAGCAAACUCUGUUCUUAACAACAUUCAAGAUUAUAUGGUUGAAAAAUUGGGUAUUGAACAGAGCAAAAUUCCUCUGUUAUGUGAUCUUCUCUACAAAAACUAUGGCACCACAAUGGCAGGUCUAAGGGCAAUCGGCUACGAUUUUGACUACGACGAGUACCACAGCUUCGUUCACGGGCGGUUGCCUUACGAAAAUCUAAAACCGGACCCUGUCUUACGAAGCCUCUUGUUGAGCUUGCCUGUUCGAAAAGUCAUCUUCACAAAUGCCGACAAAGUCCACUCUGUGAAAGUCUUGAACCGACUCGGUUUGGAGGACUGUUUCGAAGGGAUAAUAUGCUUCGAGACGCUUAACCCGACUCAUAGUCCUUCGAACACGGGCCGUGAGAUAUUCGACAUUAUUGGGCACUUUUCUCGGCUCAGUAACGUGGACCCGUCCGGGCUGUUGCCAAAGACACCGAUUGUGUGCAAGCCUUCGGAAUAUGCUAUUGAAACCGCGCUCAAAAUCGCCAACAUCGAUCCACGCAGAACACUGUUUUUCGAGGAUAGUGUUCGAAACAUUCUUUCUGGAAAACGCGUCGGAUUGGACACAGUGCUGAUUGGAAAAUCACAGAGAGUUAAAGGAGCAGACUAUGCAAUAGAAAGCAUACAUAAUCUGAAGGAAGCAAUUCCUGAGCUUUGGGAAGCUGAUAAGGUGUCUGAAUCAAGUUUCAAAGGGGUUGCAGUGGAAACUUCUGUCAGAGCUUAA